UAGGGCACAACGCAGUAAGUUAUGUAAGUGGAGACCAUCUCUGGACCAUUUGGUGUACUACCGGAUCAGGCUAGAAGAAAAGACUGAUUUAGGCAGGAAAGGCAAAUAGACGUUGCUACACUUGGGACCAAGGAGGCGUGUUAAUGGGAUAUCCCUGGGAGCCUCAAAUUUAUACCAUAUCCUGACUCCCCAUCAGUCCCCAGCCCCUCUCCUUAGGCAAGGCCUGACGCUGAGCGAGCUGACAUGCCCUGGGUUUUGCCGGGCACAGAAUGACAAGGAAGGUCUGGGACCCCCUCCCUUGGCAGGGGCACAAAAGUGUGUAUACAGGCUCUAUCUACAUCCCUCCUCCAUAUCUCCGUCCUCCACCCCCCAGACUUCGGCGGACCCGCCCGCCUUCAGGUCCUCUCUCCAGCCCCUCCCCCCUCCUGCGCUGGGCGCGGAGGCCACUUCGGACCCGUUUCCUUAACUACUCGCUUGGCCCCCACCCCGGAACUUGGCCGCAAAGCUGCCUCAGUCGUGUUCCGGUAAGGUACCCAGCGGCUACAGCGAGGGAAGCUCGGGAUUAGUUCUGCGGCGCGGAGCAUCCGCAGCCGCCUCGAGGCCCCGCCCAGCAGCAGCCGCAGGAAGGCCGCACCCGGCACCACCGCAGACCUCGGAACCCAAGAGACAGAGACACUAGGCCUCAAACCGCAUUAAACUGAGGGGCCCGGUCCCCCGAUCUGCUGCGACUCAGGUGCUCUUACCAGCCUUAUCCAGGUGUGGGACUUAGUCCGUGUCCACAGCCAGAUCUUUCUCCGUGGGUUCCUCCGCUAAGGCCGCUGCCAUGCCGGUGACAGUGACCCGCACAACCAUCACGACCACCACGUCGUCCUCUUCGGGCCUGGGGUCCCCAGCCAUCGUGGGGUCCCCUCGGGCCCUGGCACAUCCCCUGGGCCUCCUCCGCUUGCUGCAGCUGCUAUCCACCUGCAUAGCCUUCUCACUGGUGGCCAGCGUGGAUGCCUGGAUAGGGCCCAUGGGUAACUGGUCCAUGUUCACAUGGUGCUUCUGCUUUGCCGUGACCCUGGUCAUCCUCAUCAUCGAGUUGUGUGGGCUCCAGGCCCGCUUCCCCCUGUCUUGGCGCAACUUCCCCAUCACCUUUGCCUGCUACGCAGCCCUCUUCUGCCUCUCGGCCUCCAUCAUCUACCCAACUACCUACGUCCAGUUCAUGUCUCACGGCCGUUCUCGGGACCACGCCAUUGCCGCCACCUUUUUCUCCUGCAUCGCUUGUGUGGCUUAUGCCACUGAAGUGGCCUGGACCCGGGCACGGCCCGGCGAGAUCACUGGCUACAUGGCCACCGUGCCAGGGUUGCUCAAAGUGCUGGAGACCUUCGUGGCCUGCAUCAUCUUCGCAUUCAUCAGCAGUCCCUCCCUGUACCAGCAAAAACCUGCCCUGGAGUGGUGUGUGGCAGUGUAUGCCAUCUGCUUCAUCCUGGCGGCUGUUGCUAUCCUGUUGAACCUGGGGGACUGCACCAACAUGUUGCCCAUCCCCUUCCCUAGUUUUCUGUCAGGACUGGCCUUAUUGUCUGUCCUCUUCUAUGCCACUGCCCUUGUCCUCUGGCCCCUCUACCAGUUUGAUGAAAGGUAUAAGGGCUAUCCUCAGAGGUCGAGAGAUGUGACUUGCAGUAACAGGCACUCCUACUACGUGUGUGACUGGGACCGCCGACUGGCUGUGGCGAUUUUGACAGCCAUUAACCUUUUGGCAUAUAUGGCUGACUUGGUGUACUCUGCCCGCCUGGUUUUUGUCAAAGUCUAAGACUCUUACAAGGGGCUCCCAUUUCCCUCUUUCCAAUAUCUUCAUCUUUCUCACCAAGGAGUUUUCUUUACUUUCCCCCCUUUUUCCUUUCCUUCCUGGUUCGUCACAUACUCUCCCCUUUCUUUGAUUCCUUUUUGCCCCUUUCUUGUUUUGUUUCUUGCCUUCCUGUUUUUGUUUUGUUGCCCACAUCCUGUUUUGCCUGAGUUCUCUUUUCCACCUCCUCUUUUUUUUUUACCUUUUCUUCUUCUUACCUCUUUUCUGGGUUUCCUGCUGGUUUUUUCAUCACCUCUUCCCAUUUCCUUGGGAGCCCUGAGACUUCUUUCUCCUCUGCCCUCCACUCACCUCCAAAGGUGCUGAGCUCCGCACAUCCCACACCUUUCUUUGCAGCUGUCUGUGUCACGGGCCUCCCAAGGGGCCUCAUUGCCAAAGCAUGCCUGCCUGCCCUAGCUGUGCCUUAGUGUGUGUGUAUGUGUGCGUUUGGGGGGUUGGAGUGUGGGUAGUUUGGGAUUGGGCCCUCUUUCUCCCAGUGGAGGAGGGUAUGCAGUAGACCUCCCCUUUAGGUUAAAAAAUCUUUGGUGGGGGUCAUUAAGUUUCAGUGGGCAGGAGGCUAUAUGCACAGAUACUGGGACCCUAGGCCCCACCUGGCAGUGCUUCGCCUUGCCUGAGAUCAGUUCUAGAAGUUUUGCCAGCCUUACUAAAAACCCACUGCCUAGAGGCCGUCAUAAAGGAAGCAAGAGACUGGUACCCUUCAUCCCAGCUAUUCUCUGUUGUAUCAGAAAAAGGAGUGAGGCUGUCUGAAGUAUUUGUGAGGGCAGUAAUGUGGCUUUCUAGCCUCAGUGUUAAAAAUAACAUGUCCUGCCACAGCCCAACUUCAAGGCAAUAUCAGCUUGGGUUUGUUUCUUUUCUUUUUCUAGUCAUGAAAGCAAAAAUUACCCGGUGGGCCCCUGGUUAAAGAGAGAAGUUUCUUUUCAGUUUUUCUUUUUGGGGGGGGUGGGUGGGAAGAUGGGGAUUGGUGCCACCAUAGCCAGAGGAAUGGCCUCACAUGAGUGUGGUGCACACACACGGGUAUCUGUUAGUUGCUUCUUGCUGCUGCUUCUUGCUUCUUUGAAACUCACAUGCAUAACAUGAUAUAUAUAAAUGUAUAAAUAUAUAUUUUAUUUUUUUUAAUUCCCUGGAGCUUUUGGUUUCCAUCAGUUUCUGUUCAUAGAUGCCUUGUCCCUUCCCCAUCCAUAAUGUUUUUUAAAAAUCUCCAUAUAAAGAUUUAAAA